AUGGCUUCUGCCGCCAACAUCUACGCUAGUAAUGUUCGUACGAACUCGCAUGGUGGGUCUCAGUAUGAUGGCACGCCCGAUCCAGGUCAGCAGGGCAAGGAUCCUGCUGCUCAUCAGCGUACCUAUCAGGCUUGCAUUCCAUGCAGAAACCGCAAAGUCCGUUGCGAUCUAGGAUCUGUCGACAACCCCAGCGAUCCGCCAUGUCUACGCUGCAAGAGGGAGUCGAAGGAGUGCUACUUCUCCUCGACUCGUCGCAAGAAGAAGAAGAGUGGUAUCGGUGAUGGUGCCGAAGACUCGGACGAGGAAGUCCCCGAAGCCAAGCAUACUAGGAAGAGAGCAAGGCAAUCUCCAGAUCGUGUCGAUGAAGAAGAAGCUGAGGAGGAGCCACGUACGCCGGGUGGUUCACUUGGUAGACGCCAACCACUUCGUCGCCCACACCCACAGAAGCCUGUACAGUACACUGAGGAGGAUCAUCAAGCUAGUGAGCAUGCGGCCGCUAUGUUGCAGAGCUCGGAGGUGCAUGGUGGGCACGAUGCCCUGAAAGUGCUCUAUCAUGUCGCCUACAAUGCACUCCCUCGCGACCGCAACAACAGCGGUGGAUCACUUGAGCGCCCUAGCUUCAAUAGCACUUCGCCUUUGCUGCCAGCAGGCAUGAUCAGCCCACGCUCGAUCAAGCACGGCAACGGCAACUCGACAGAUGCUACUUCUUCGCGGACUCCUCUUGCUGCUCAAGCCGCAUCUCGAGGCAGGCACAAUACCAACACAUCACACCCCAGCUUCAAAGAGACCACGACUAUUGAUCGCAAUGCGAUCGCGGACUCGCUCAAAGCAUGGUCAAGAUUCCGCUUCGUUCGCGAAGGCUGGUUUACGGCGCAAGAGGCGAUCGACUACAUCCAGUACUUCUACAAGUACCUUGCGCCUCUGACGCCGGUCGCCCUCCCAACAUUCAGUCCUCACAGCGCGCACGAGCGAAUGCUCACCCAAGAACCGAUGCUCACGAUCACUAUCCUCCUGAUCGCCUCUCGUCACAUGAAGCUUUCCGGCCCAGGCUCCAUCAGCCGUCCAUACGAGAUACACAAGCGGCUGUGGAGCUACUUGCAAGGUAUGAUCAAUCGUGUGGUUUGGGGUCAGGAGCAAUUCGGUGGUGGCUAUUGUGGUGCUGGUAGUACGCCUGCUGGUAGUGUGCCAGCUAGUGACAUGAACCCGCUUGCUCGCAAGGGUCUCAGGACGUUGGGUACCGUCGAGUCUCUUGUGCUUCUGACGGAAUGGCACCCUCGUAUGAUGCACUUCCCACCGGACGAGGCAGAUGCUGAGCUUAUGCUGCCUGACGAGCCUGUCAGCACGCCGGUCAUGAUUGAUGAGGACGAUGUGCCUAAGGGCAUCGGUGGUCAGCGCAUGGACACUUGGCUCGAGCCCGUCUGGCGCUCCGAUCGUAUGUGCUGGAUGCUUCUCGGCAUGGCCAUGUCCCUCGCAUUCGAAGUGGGGGUGUUCGAUGCUUCAGACUGGCAGAGGCACGCUCGCACUAUCGAGGGCCAGCCGCUCUCGCCUGGUGAUCUGCAGACAUACGACAAGCGCCGUGGUAGUGUUAGGGACUUGCUUCUCGUCUACGUCACCCAGACGAGUGGUAGGCUCGGCCUGACUACUGUGCUGCCGACCAAUUACAGCAAGCCCGAAGACAGCAACAUCUUCGACCGUAAGUACGUUCACCAUGCCAGUCAGCAGGAGACGAUCAUGCACUUCUGGCUUCGCAUGGCUGCUAUCAUCCGCGAAGGCAACUCCAGCAUCUUCGCCAACAAGACCUUCACGCGAGACCUCAUCAAGAAUGGCGAGUAUGGCAAGGCUAUACAGCAGCUCUCGGCCAAGCUGAACGAGUGGCGUCAAGACUUCGAGAGGUGUCUCACCAUUCCGAAGCAUAUGCGUGCUAUACUCAUGAUCGAGUACGAGUACUGCCGUGUCUACACUAAUGCGCUUGCACUUCAGGCUGUCGCUGAGCGCUGUGCCAACGAGCAGCCUCUCAAUGUGUUUGAGAAUCCUGCCGUCGAGAUCGUGCGCGAAAAUCAGAAUAUCACUACCAACGGCUUAAGGAGUGAUGCGCCUAUCUCGCCACAUGCCCUUGCCAAAUGGCUUGGUGGCGACCGGACUUACAUGCUUGAAGUCGGUGACGCUGCUCGGAACCUGCUCAAGAUUGUGGUCGAGGAUCUCUACCCUGAGGAGUAUCUGCGCCACGCUCCCGUCCGCACUUACUUCCGCAUCAUCAGUGUCGCCAUCAUCCUCCUCAAAUCUUUCUCUCUCGGCGCCAGCGAGAGCGAUGUGGCUGACUCCCUCAAUCUCAUGGACCGCACUAUCGAUGCCUUGCAGACAUGCAUCGUGGAUGAUGUGCACGUCGCUAGCCGCUUCGCCGAAUUACUCAGUCGUCUCAGCGAGAGCCUCAAACCACGCCUUGUGCGCAUCACAGCCGAUGGUCGCGUCAAUCGCAGCACUCGUGCCAGCAUGCCUGGCACACCAGUCCCCAUGUCCAUGCCCGGCAAUGACAUGCACAGCCGUGCCUACGUGCAGCAGAUGCAGCAAGCCAUGGCGGGUGCUACUAUGGCGAUGCCACAGCAGCAACAGCAACAGCAUCAACAGUGGACCUAUGGCAACACCGCUUUCGAUAACACUGUCAACAAUGGCUACAACAAUCCACUCCUUGGCAUCUCCUCCGAUGCCUACGACCUGACCGGCAACGACUUCUCCGUUAUGCCACCACCCACGUACAUGCAAUCUCCAACCAACACUCACGGCCUGAACGGUACAAAUGGCGCUCAGACUACCGGUGGAGGCGCUUACGACCCUGUCUACGGCACUAAUACUUACGGCGGCGGCGUCACAGCACCAGAAGAUUGGUUGACUCUGCCUCUGGAUGGUCUAUUUGGUAGCAAUGGAGCUGUGAUUGAGCAGACUAUGUGGGGCCCUCAGAUUGGCGAUCAUGAUAUGCUCGAAGUCCUGCUUAAUGGGCAGAUUGGCGGGAACGGGUUUGGUGCUUAG